AUGCAUUCUGCAAAGGCCCCCAGCCCGGAAGAGGCAUAUCUUUAUUACUACGACGGCAUUCGUCCGGGCAAGAAGAAGCUCAUUGCCCGGACCAGCACCCACGUCUGGGACCUGUCUGUCAACAUAGAGCAGCAGGUCUUAGAGGAGAGCCACCCUGCCGUUCUGGACAAGAUGUUCGCUCCUCCAGAGGAUGACGACGGGGACGUCCUUAUGGACCAGAUUCUGGAUGCAACGACGAGUCUGCGCAUCCGAUACAUGACAGUCACCCACACCGGGACUAAGGAUGUGGACUGGCAGACUGUCCUGCUGAUUGACGUCGAGGCGGGCACCCUCUCCUGGGAGGACGGCUACAGGAUUGCCAUGCAGUGCAAGGGUCUCAUGCAAGAUUGCGGCCUUUUGGACGUCGAGGUUGAGAUCCGGGAGAAGGUGGAGGAUGAUGACGGGGCGAUGGCCAGGCUGUGGCAUGCUGUGGCGCUGGCGUGCCAGGAUGAUGUUGACAACAUUGACUUCUGGGAGUAG